UUAGUUUUGCUUUUAGGUAGAUUUAAUUUUGAACCAUAAUUAAUGCGCGUACGCUACAAUACAUUUAGCAGUCAGAUAGUAAAAAAUUAUUUAAUUUUCAGUGCAAAAUGUUAAAUUCCCGACGAUCUGUUCUGAAUUGUUUGAAUGGCUGUGUGUCCUCAAGCCAGACUCUUGCAUCUCAACUUGGUCUUGAUAUUUUAAAGAAAGGUGGAAAUGCAGCUGAUGCAGCGGUAACGGUUGCAGCUGCUUUAAAUCUUAUGGAACCUUAUUCUACAGGUAUUGGAGGUGACAUGUUUUGUUUGUAUUACGACAAAUCAAAAAACAAAGUCUUUGGUUUGAAUGGCAGUGGAAGAGCACCAGGAAAAUUAACAUUGGAAUAUCUCAACAAACUCGGAUUUAAUGAGGAAAAUAAAUUCGAAUAUCGGAGUCCAUUGUCAAUAACUGUGCCUGGGGCAUGUGCAGGUUUUGUGGAUUGUAUUGAUAAGUUUGGAAGUGGGAAGCUUACAUUGAAGGAAAUACUGUCACCUGUUAUUUCUAUGGCAAGAACUGGCUUUCCAGUUUCUGGUCCGAUCACUUCACAUGGAUGGAAUAUAAGCUCGGAAAAAUUAUUCGAUCCAAAAAAUGUUUUUGGGAAGGAAUUGUUGGUUGAAAAUGCAGAUGGUUCAUUGCGCACACCAGAAACUGGUGAAGUAUUUAGAAACCCAGGCCUGGCUAAUGUGUUUGAAAGUGUAGCAAACCAUGGAAAAGAUGGAUUCUAUAAAGGAUGGGUGGCUGAUGAAAUUGUGGACGUGGUUCAAAAUAUGGGGGGAGUGUUGACUCAUCAAGAUUUAAUAAAUCACGAGUCAACAAUUGUGGAGCCAAUUUCAAUUGAUUAUAAAGGCUUUCGAUUGUGGGAGAUACCUCCUAAUGGACAAGGCAUUGUUGCUUUAGAAGCGUUGAAUAUUUUAAAAAACUUUGACAUUGGUGAAAUGAAACAUAAUAGCACAGAGUAUUUGCACUUGUUGGUUGAAGCUGUUAGGUUAAGUUUCGCGGAUGCUUUGCAAUAUUGUGCAGAUCCAUCUUUUUCAGAUCUACCAUUUAAAAAUAUGUUGAAUACUAAGUAUGGAAAACUCCGAGCUAAUUUAAUUGACUUAAAAAAAGCGAAUAAAUCAUGUUUACCAGGUGACAUACGAAAUUUUCAGAGUGAUACAGUGUACUUCACCACAGCUGAUAAAGAUGGGAAUGUUUGUUCUUUCAUAAACAGCACCUACAUGGGGUUUGGGUCUGGCAUUGUACCCAGAGGUUGUGGGUUUACAUUACAAAAUCGGGGAUUCAAUUUUAGUUUGAAACCUGACCAUGCAAAUGUUGUUUCUCCUGGUAAACGUCCAUACCACACUAUUAUCCCUGCAAUGGUCACUGAUGCCAAGACAGGGGAGUUGCUGGUGUCGUAUGGAGUGAUGGGAGGCUUCAUGCAACCGCAAGGACAUGUUCAGGUUUUACUAAACAUGAUUGAAUUUGGAAUGGACCCGCAACAAGCAUUGGAUGCACCUCGAUUUUUGGUUGGUUCCGGACACACUGGUGCUGUUGGUUCUGUUAAUCUUGAAAAUGGUAUUCAACCAGAAGUAAUGAAGCAGUUGAAACAUCUGGGGCAUGAUGUUAAUGGCCCAGUUGAGGGGUUUGAUCGAGCUAUGUUUGGCAGAGGGCAAGUUAUUGCUUGUAGGAAUAUAUGGGAUAAAACUAGGAAAUCUAAAAAUGAGGUUUAUUGGGUUGGAUCAGAUCCAAGAGCUGAUGGUGUUUCUCUUGGUUAUUGAGAACACAAUACGAUUUUAAUUUAUUAUUUUCACAAGCAAAAGAAUUUGUAGAUUUAAUAUAUUUGCAUCAAUUUUUUGGUUUUAUUAUUUUGGGUGUUUUGACGUGUUAUGAUUCCCAUCUUUUUGGUUUGGUAUUUUAAUAUGCCUUUCUGAUUGUGAUCAAAGAGAUAUACCUAAAAGGGUAUGAUAUGGCAGAAACUUUUUGGUGUGUUUAUGUGCUACAGAAUUAAAUUAUCACAAAACUGUUUCAGAAUAACUUGCCAUUUUUUUAAAAUUAAAAUUAAGAUUUUGGUGCAAACAGAUCUAACAAAAACACUUAUUAGAUAUUGUCUUUAACCCAUUUUGAAUUGUGUGUAAUUUAUUUUACACACACACAUCUGCAUUGCAACUUGCAUUCUGAUCAAAUAUGCUUUGCACUGUCAAUAGAUUUUCUAUGCAAAUAUUAAGUUUCUAUAAUUUUCUCAUUAACUGUUGCAAAAGCUCUUCGCAAAUAAAUGCGGUUCCAA